AUGGCACCGAGCAGUUGGCGUAGGGAGAGGGAACAGCCGUCCCCGAGCCACACACACAUCCCGAGCCCCCGAGCGCCCAUGGAGCUCUUCGAGACCAACCCUUACUUUUUCCCGGAGCAGAGGUUUUACGACGGGGAGAAUUUCCUGGGCUCCCGCUAUGACCCAGCGGUGUUCCCCGAGCGCGCCGAGGUCUCCCUGUGCCCCGAGGGCAGGGUGGCUUUGGAGGAGAAGGACUCGGUGGGCGAGCACUGCCCCGGGCAGUGCCUGCCCUGGGCCUGCAAGGUGUGCAAGAGGAAGACAGUGUCCAUGGACCGGCGGAGAGCGGCCACGCUGCGGGAGAAGCGGCGGCUCAAGAAGGUGAACGAGGCGUUCGAGGCGCUGAAGCGCAGCACCCUCCUGAACCCCAACCAGCGGCUGCCCAAGGUGGAGAUCCUGCGCAGCGCCAUCCAGUACAUCGAGCGGCUCCAGAGCCUGCUCAGCUCCCUCAACCAGCAGGACCGGGAGCAGCGCGAGCUGCGGUUCCGCCCCGCAGCGCCCCAGCCCGCGGCCACCAGCGAGUGUGGAUCCAGCAGCUCAUCCUGCAGCCCCGAGUGGAGCACCCAGCUGGAGUUUGGCACCAACUCUGCAGAUCACCUGCUGGCCGAGGAGGGGCCGGAGGAGCGGAACCUGCCCUCGCUGUCCUCCAUCGUCGACAGCAUCGCCGGCGACGACGUGGCCGUGACGUUCCGGGAGGAGCCGCUCCAGAACUGA